UAAGGGAAUUAAAAUACACCAAAAUGGCGAUAUUCCUUUCAAUAGGAGUUGUUGGACGGCCUCUAUGCAGCGUUCUCUUUCUUACGCACUGACGUAUUCUAUUCUUAUAUUUUUAUGGUUGUAAUUGUAGUAUAUUGUAAACAAUAUUAAAGUAAAUAAACAAUUUUAAUAUUUUAAUCUGCAUUUAUAGUAUUAAUAGAAACAAUUCUCAUUUAAAGUGAAAACCUAUAUUUUGAUAAGAACUCAAUUAUAUUUCUUAUAAAAUAAAAAUAUGAAUAGGUUACAAUUAUGUUUCCAAAGUCUUACGAACAUAAAGUAUGUAAAUUAUGGAGUUUGCAGAUAUAUUCAUCGAUGGGUUGCGCCAACUCAAAUUGAAAUAACCCGAAGAAAAAAAAGGUUACCACCUCAACCUGAACCAAAACGUAGUAAUUUUAUUGAGUGGAAUAGAAAUGCAGAAAUAUAUGCAUUUAAUCAAAGACUUUCAGAAAAAUUCGAUACUGAGAAAUUGAAUCAAGCAUUUAUACACAAAUCAUAUAUCCUUGAUGAACUAAAAAAGCAGGAAAAUAUGGGAAUAAAGGAUCCUAAAUUAGAUGUGCAACAUAACGAAGAAUAUAUUAAAAAAGGGAGAGAAAUAACUUCGGCAGUUGUAAAGAAGUAUUUAAAUAAAAGUUUACCACGUCUUCCUGAAAUUGGUAUUAUGGCACUUCAUGACUAUCUUAUGUCUCAAGAGAUGUUAGCUACUGCAGCUUUACAUAUUGGAACAAAAGACAUUAUUUUAACUAGUGAACAUCCUGUGUCCCAAGAAACAUUGGCACAAACGUUUACAGCACUUGUGGGAGCACUUGCUGAAAGCGUUAAUAUUGAUCACACAAGUGCUUUCGUCCGAGAUUUUUUGAUAGUAGGAUUAGCAAGCAAAGAUCUAACUGAAAUAUGGUGCCCAACUAAACCAUUCGAAAUGUUAAAUGAUGUAAUUUCUACAGAGAAGAAAACACCUAUAGAAGCAAGACUUAUUGGACAAACUGGAAAAAAUACACUUUUGGCUGCCCAUCAUGUUGGAAUUUAUGCAAACAAAGAAUAUUUAGGUUCAGGUUUUGGACAAACCAUUUCAGAAGCAAGAGAUAUAGCUGCUAUUAACAUAUUAGCUCAGAUGUAUGGAUUAUACCACACAAAUCAACCGCUACGAUUUAACGAAGAAAUAAAUAUAUCUGCUUGAAAACAGUUACCAAAUUUGUAUACCAAAUUUGUAGAACGUUAAAUAAUAUUAAUUGUAAAUGUAUAUAUGUACAUACAAAAUAUAAUUAACCCUUGUU